CCCGCACAGAGAGGGAGGAACAACAACUCUGAAAGGUUCUUUUACAAACUAUAUAAAACUCACUGAUGGCUGGGAAGGCGCAGAGUCCACGUGCCCUUAGGUGAAAGGGCACAGACAGUGACAACACAGAAAGGGGAGAACAGUGAAAAGAAGGAAAACCAAGAAGGAAGAGGCAAAGAGGGAGAAGGAGAAGAAGAAAAAGAAAGCCCUUGCAGGGCCAAAAACACGCCUGACCACACCUGGAAUACCGUGUCCAAUUCUGGGAAGCACAAUUAAAGAAGGAUGUUGACAAACUGGAAUAUGUGCAGAGUAAGGCAACCAAGAUGAUCAAGGGACUGGAAACCAAGCAAUAUGAGGAUCUGGCUGAACAAAGUUGAAAUCACCAUCGACAUGAGUUCCGAAUCUAGUGCACAAAGAAUUUUUUUUAAUAAUCAGGAUACAUAAAGAAAUUGAUUAUUCUUUCAAGAAUCAUCAUUGGUUUUAUUUAUACCGGCAUUCGAAGAAUAGGCGGUGAUCAAGAACUACGAGCGGUCAGAAUAAUAUGCGAACAGAUCAUGAAGAACUUUGUGGCAGCAGUUAUGGAUCUUUUUGUUUGAAUGGUGGGAUUUGUUACACGAUACCUGCCAUUUCCAGUCCCUUUUGCAGGUGUGUUGAAAAUUAUACAGGAAAUCGUUGUGAGGAAAUUUUACUACCGAGCAUCAAGAGCCAUCCAAGAGGUGAACUGUUUGCAGCUGUUUUAGCUUCAGUGGUGGUCCUAAGUGUCCUGGUUGCUGGUGCAUUCUUCUUUCUUUGCAGGAAGGGCCAGAUUCCACGGACCAGUUCCAUAGAGCAUGGCAACAACCUGAUUGAAGGGAACAGCAGUGAUGGUUGCAACAAUAACUGAAUAAAGCAAUCAAAACAAGAAAUUAUGGAACAGCAACAAGCAAAACAGCUAUAGACAAGCAAAAACAAUGUUGGAGAAUAUGGAAUCCAUAACACUGUUCCCAGUCACUGUGAAAGAAGAAGAUAUUGCUAAUAUUUUACAAGACCAAAUAUAUACACAUAAAUGUACAUUGCUUAUGUUCUUGCAGCUGUCAGACACAGAAUGUACAAGGUAUGUGAAGCUUAUCAGAGGCAAGUUAGAACGACCUUUAUGCAUAGUAGUUAAAAAAGAUAAAAUACUGUUGAAUCAUGACAGAAUACUGUUAGAUAAUAUUGAGAAGCUAUGUUUCAUUCAUCUGUAUUUAUCAAAGGCAAAAAUAGGUAUAUGCUUUUUCCUAGGCAUGGAAAAUGGUAAGGCCUUUGAUUGUGUUGAACAGAACUUUAAAUGGGAGGGCAGGGCUAGUAAAUAUAUAUAUAUAAUGGACCCUAUAUAUGGACCACAAGUUGUAACUGGCUGAAGACAUGCAGAACCUUCUCAAUGACUUAGUUACUUCUAAGUUUUGUUUGAACUACUCAGAGGGCUUUAGACCUGCACAAAAUACAGUGGUUAAAAAUUAAGGUCAGUCCGCAAAACAAUUUCAUUUGUAAAUAAAGUUUAUCUUUCUCUCUUUAAAUGCCUAUUCCAGGUCUCUAUUAAAAAGCAUUCACAAGUUUAAAAUCAGUUCUUUCACAGCUUAGCUGGCUGCAAAGGUCAUAUUAGGAAACAAAACUGUUUUUGUUGGCCAAAAAUAAAACCACAUAGCAUGA